AUGGCGGUGGGCCCAUCGCUCAGAACACUACCUAUGGCGGUCAGCCGAUGGCUGUAUAAUAGCCCCAGUGGUGAUGGGCCCAUCACUCAGAACACUACCUAUGGCGGUGGGCCUAUCGCUCAGAACACUACCUAUGCGGUCGGCCGAUGGCUGUAUAAUAGCCCCAGUGGCGGUGGGCCCAUCACCCAGAAAUAUACCUAUGGUGGUGGGCCCAUCGCUCAGAACACUACCUAUGGUGGUGGGCCCAUCGCUCAGAACACUACCUAUGGUGGUGGGCCCAUCGCUCAGAACACUACCUAUGGCGGUCGGCCGAUGGCUGUAUAA